AAUAGGUAUUUCCAGAUAUUAGGAAACUUGCAUGUAAAUGACAAUAAAGUAAUACCAAAGCAAAAUACUGAUAGACUGUAUAAAAUUAGACCAUUUAUGGAUAAACUAAACAAAAAUUUUCAUUCACUGAGAAUGCCUCAUCAAACACAAAGUAUAGACGAAAGCAUGAUAUUAUUCAAAGGCCGCUCGACACUCAAACAGUACAAUCCUAAAAAACCAAUAAAAAGAGGAUACAAACUAUGGUGUCGUUCAGAUAUGUCAGGUUACAUGUAUGAAUUUGAAGUAUAUCAGGGAAAAGAUGAUUCAGAAUUCAAAAGAUUUGGUAUAGGAGGGAGUGUAGUGCAGAAAUUAACCAAAUCUCUUGUCAAUAAAAAUCACAUCAUAAUGAUGGAUAACUUUUUUUCCUCUGUGGAAUUGUAUGAAUAUCUAAAAUCUCUUGGUAUAUAUGCAUGUGGAACUGUACGAAGUAAUCGCAAAGGUUUACCGUCUCUUGCAGUAGAAGACAAAGCUUUGAAAGGGGGUGAUUUUGACUGUCGAAUAACAGACCAAGGACUUUCAUACUUUAAAUGGAAAGACAACCGCUGUGUUUUUUUCUUGUCCAAUUACCAUGGAACUGAAAUUUGUAAAAUUCAAAGAAAACAAAAAGAUGGUUCAAUUAUGGAUAUACCAGCUCCUACAAUAGUAAGAGAUUAUAACAGACACAUGGGGGGCGUGGAUAAAAGUGACAUGCUAAAAUCACUAUAUGAUAGAGAUAGAAAGGCCAAAAAGUUGUGGCAUCGUCUCUUUUUCGGUAUUAUAGAAAUUGUAAUGGUAAACUCGUAUAUUUGCUACUCUGACAUACGGGAUAAAAUACUUCUUCUAGAAUACAAACGAAGGGUAACACAAGGUCUAAUAACAAUGUCAAAAGUGUCUUCGAAGAAAAGGGGAAGACCUAGAUCAGAUGCUGGAGAUAUAAGUGAAUUACCACCCCCCAAAAAACGCAAGAUAGCAAAUUUUUCCGUUUCUGAUGACAUAAGACAACAAAACAAAGGUGCACAUUGGCCAGUAUUUGUAAAAAAUAGAGGACGGUGUGAAUUUUGUGCUUCGAAAAGAAUUGAGUCACGACCGCAUUCUCAGUGCACAUUAUGCAAAGUAUUUCUUUGUGUUAAUGAAAAAAAGAACUGCUUUUAUCAAUACCAUAAUUAAUUGUGUAAAAAUAUAUUACUUUUCAUUUAUAUUUAAUAUUUUU